UCGCCUUCGAGGUGUUAUCAGACUGAUCGAAAAUGAUGUAUGGUCGCUAUGUCCGACAUUUAGGUGCUGUCGAGUCAACAGAAGACUUGAGUGAAAAAGAGCAAGAGAAACGUAGACUAAAGGAGGACAAAGCCAGAAAAAAAGAACUUAGAGGACGGGGAUCCCAAGGGAAAUUAGCGAAAUACCUAAGGUCGAUAUGGAGACGUACGUUCGCGAAACUAGGGGAAGACUGGGUCUUUUUGGCCCUUCUGGGUGUCAUAAUGGCGCUUGUCAGUUUUCUAAUGGACAGAGGAAUAGCUUUGUGCAAUGAGGCGAGAUUGUGGCUAUACAACAAGUCAGCCUACAGCCUAACGACACAGUACGUGGCAUGGGUCGCACUUCCGGUUAUUCUAAUAUUGUUUAGUUCCGGUUUGGCUCAACUGGUAGCCCCUCAAUCUAUAGGUUCGGGCAUUCCGGAGAUAAAGACCAUCCUCCGUGGGGUAGCCAUGAAGGAGUACCUGACGUUCCGGACGCUGGUGGUGAAGGUCAUAGGGCUGACGGCCACCUUAGGCAGUGGCGUACCCGUGGGGAAGGAAGGUCCUUUCGUCCACAUAGCCAGCAUGACCGCUGCUCUCCUAGGCAAGCUGAUCACGAGGUUCCAAGGCAUCUACCAGAACGAGAGCAGAGCCACGGAGAUGUUGGCCGCUGCCUGUGCCGUUGGAGUUGCCAGCUGCUUCGCUGCACCAGUAGGAGGUGUACUCUUCAGUAUAGAAGUAACGACGGUUUACUUUGCCGUUCGAAAUUACUGGCGGGGCUUCUUCGCGGCUGUCUGUGGAGCCACGACCUUUCGCCUUCUAGCCGUGUGGUUCCAAAAAGCGGAUACAGUAACUGCCGUCUUCAAGACCAAUUUCCAUAUGGACUUUCCCUUUGAUCCGCAAGAAUUGUUCGUCUUCGCUUUGAUAGGAGCCAUUUGCGGUGUGGGAGGAGCUUUCUACGUCUGGGUCCACAGGCGAUACGUAAUCUUCAUGGGCAAUAGCAAGAUCCUGAAUUUCUUAAAGAAGAAAAACCGCUUGUUGUACCCUGGCGUCGCCACUUUGAUCGUCUCAUCGAUAACGUUUCCACCAGGUGCCGGCCAGUUCAUUGGAGGUGAACUGUUGGGGAACAAUCAAGUAGUGUCGCUCUUCACGAACUUCACGUGGACAGGGGACAAUGCUACCAUCGAAGAAAAGGAUGUAAUCCUGCAAUGGACUAAUCCCUGGACUGAUGUCGUCGCCAACUUAGCACUGUACACAAUAUUCACUUUCGUCGCUUCAGUGAUCUGCACAACAAUGCCUGUGCCUUGCGGCCUCUUCAUACCAGUUUUCAAGAUUGGUGCCGGAUUUGGCCGGAUGGUAGGGGAGCUGAUGCACAUCUGGUUCCCUACAGGAAUGAGAUAUGGUGGCAACGUAGCAAAAAUCAUCCCUGGGGGAUACGCAGCGGUGGGUGCUGCAGCGUUUAGUGGUUCCGUCACCCAUACCAUCUCCGUAUCAGUGAUAGUGUUUGAAAUGACGGGACAGAUCACCCAUAUAAUACCGAUUAUGAUCGCCGUUUUGAUCUCAAACGCUAUAGCGAGUCUGUUGGCACCCAGCAUCUACGACAGCAUUAUAAUGAUAAAAAAAUUGCCUUACGUACCGGAUUUACUACCGACUAGUAGUGGUAUUUACAGGAUAUAUGUAGAAGACUUCAUGGUAAGGGACGUCAAGUAUAUUUGCUAUGGUACAACUUACAAACAAUUAUUAUUUGUUUUAAAAGAGAAUAACCAUUUACAGAGUUUUCCUUUAGUUGACAAACCAGAAAGCAUGGUUUUGUUAGGGUCCAUACAAAGGAUUCAGCUUGUACAAUUGAUAGAAUAUCAGAUAGGAAGAGAAAAACGAAUACAGGUAGCAACCCUUCGAAGGAGAACAGCAGAAAUAGAAUUGAAAACUGUUGAAGAUGGACAGAGAAGACCAUCUAUGCUGAAGAAACAGAUGUCUGAGAACCAGUUAGAUCAAACAACAGUAUACAAUCAAGGAUCGAGAACAAAGAAGUCCGUUUGGAAGAAAGCUAACACAUUCACUUUUAGACCAUUCCCCUCAACUAAUUCCGUGUCAAAUCCUUACCAGACAGUAACUAGUCCAGAUAAUAGAAUACGGUUUGCACUCGAUUCAAUUUUCAGUGCGUCAAGUAAUCUUCAAGAUGCAGACGAUGAAGCUAGCCAAAACCAAGACAUCUUCGAUGGAUCUUUGAGCAAUAAGAUCGAGGUUCUCCCUAUGACCUCAGCAUCGUCGAAUAGUGUUCAUUUGUCAUUGGAAGGGAUCUGCGACAUGGACCACAAAGAACAAACGAAGUGGGAGGAAGAACAGAUGGCCGUUCCCGUAGACUUCUCUACUUGUCACAUAGACCCAGCGCCCUUCCAAUUGGUAGAGCAAACGUCCCUACUCAAGGUCCACUUCCUUUUCUCGAUGGUGGGGGUAAAGUACGGUUACGUAACAGCAAUCGGGAAAUUGGUGGGGGUGGUGGGGUUGAAGGAGCUUCGUAAAGCCAUCGAAGACGCCAAUAGCGGCGCUCUUCCUUACGCCGAUGAUGAAAACGAUGACGAAACGUUUUGUAUUGACGAUAAAGACUGUUCAGUGGGACAAGGGACUGAUUCAGCGAUGCUGUCCAAGGAUUCAGAAAACAAUGUGAGACAUCGGAAGCGAAGUGUCAAAGUCAAAGAAAUUUCUCGCAUCUUUCCAAAAACUACAAUGGACGAAAAAGAAACACACUUAGACGAGGGCAACAUAGAGGAAACCGAUAAGGAAUGGGAGGAUUUCGCCAAGUUGCUGGAGCAACAGAGAAGGAAGCAGUCGCAGACAUUCUACCCCUGUCCACCCCCUGAGGACGUGGAGGAUUACGUGCAGACAUUGAUGUAUGGCAAAUACAACAGAUUGGGGCAAGCUGCAAAAUUGGAGAGCUUAAAAGCUGCCGAAAAGAGAAGACUGAGAGAAGAAAAAGCACGAAAAAACGAGUUACGAAUGUACCAAGGUAAAUUUGCGAAAUCUAUCCACUUUUUAUGGAAACAUACUUUCGCCAGACUAGGAGAAGACUGGGUCUUUUUGGCACUGUUAGGGGUGAUCAUGGCAUUGCUGAGUUUCAUUAUGGACAGAGGAAUAUCAGUUUGCGACAACGCAAGGAUAUGGUUAUUCAGAGACCUGACCAUGCACCCAGCUGCCCAAUACGCUGCUUGGAUAUCCCUACCAGUCUGCUUAAUUCUAUUUGGCACCGGUUUUGUCCAACUCGUAGCACCACAAUCUAUUGGUUCUGGUAUACCCGAAAUGAAGACCAUCCUCAGAGGGGUGACCCUGAAGGAGUACCUGACGUUUCGAACCCUGAUAGCCAAAGUGGUAGGGUUAACAGUGACCCUAGGAAGCGGCAUGCCUUUGGGUAAGGAAGGCCCCUUCGUCCACAUCGCCAGUAUCACAGCUACCCUCCUCAGCAAGCUGGUCACUGGGUUCCAGGGCAUCUACGAGAACGAGAACAGGACCACGGAGAUGCUGGCGGCUGCUUGCGCCGUCGGGGUGGCCAGCUGCUUCGCGGCGCCCGUUGGAGGUGUACUGUUCAGUAUAGAAGUAACCACAGUAUACUUUGCCGUCCGCAACUACUGGAGGGGAUUUUUCGCUGCUGUGUGCGGCGCCACAACGUUUCGACUCUUAGCAGUGUGGUUCCAAAGGGCAGACACCGUAACUGCCGUUUUUAAGACCAAUUUCUACAUGGACUUCCCCUUUGACCCUCAAGAGUUGUUUGUAUUUGCUCUGAUGGGAGCAAUUUGUGGCUUGGGCGGAGCAUUCUACGUCUGGGUGCAUCGACAGUACGUGAUGUAUAUGAGACACAGCAGACUCAUCAACAGUUUCCUCAAGAAAAAUCGAUUUCUCUACCCCGCGCUGGUGUCGCUCCUCCUCUCCACAGUGUCCUUCCCCCUCGGCACCGGCCAGUUCAUAGCUGGAGACCUGAACACUCACGACCAGGUAGCCUCGCUCUUCAGCAACUUCACCUGGACAGACGAGAACCUCACCGUCGCCGAGUACGCCACCCUCAGCCACUGGAGGACGCCUUGGUCGGGCGUCUGCGUCAACCUGGCCUGCUACACCGUCUUCACAUUCAUAUUCUCCAUCAUCUGUUCCACGGUGCCCGUACCCAGCGGUAGCUUCAUCCCCGUCUUCAAGAUCGGUGCCGGAUUUGGAAGAAUUGUGGGCGAAUUGAUGCACAUGUGGUUUCCGACAGGGAUGAGGUAUGGUGGAAAAGUGGCGGAAAUCAUCCCCGGGGGAUACGCAACGGUGGGAGCCGCAGCCUUCAGUGGCUCUGUCACCCACACCAUCUCCGUAUCGGUGAUAGUAUUCGAGAUGACCGGCCAAAUCACACACAUAAUACCGAUUAUGAUCGCCGUUUUAAUCUCCAACGCCAUAGCUAGUUUGUUGUCGCCCAGUAUCUACGACAGCAUCAUACUCAUCAAGAAACUGCCAUACCUUCCAGAUUUAUUACCAAGUAGCAGUGGCAUGUACAAAGUUUGCGUUGAAGACUUCAUGAUAAGAGACAUAAAGUACAUUUUCUACGGAAUGACUUACGAGCAGUUGAAAACCCUUUUAAAAGACAACAGGCGAUUGCUUUGCUUCCCUCUCGUGGACAACCCAGGAAACAUGGUCUUGCUUGGGUCAAUUCAAAGGAUGCAACUCAUUCAACUGAUAGAGAAACACAUCGGAAAAGACAGACGUUUGCAGAUCGCAGCCAUUAGACAGAGAGAGGCAGCCGAGAGAGCUCUGGAAGAAAUGAGACAAGCGGAAGAGAGAAAGAGAAGGCCGUCUAGAUUUCAAGUGGUGCCAGCACCAGAUAUGCUUCAAAGGCAAAUGUCGGAGAACCACUUAGAUCAGGUACCUUUAACACAAUGCAAAGUUAUUGAUCUGCAAUUGGUUAAUUUUUCCUAGCAACCAACGUACAACCCCGUCUUUGGUUCUCAACCCAAGAAGUCGAUUCUUAAGAAGACCAACUCAUUCACCCUCAAGGGAUUCAGUCCUUUCGUUUCCACCAGCCCAGGGAGUACCCCUUACACGACAGUUACAGGGGCUGAGAGCAGGAUAAGGCUUGCCUUUGAAAAUAUCUUCAGAAAAUCCGCCCAACUGCAAGAUGUCGACAACAAUGAAAGUCAACGCGGUCUAGACACUGCUAGAGAUUCCAUAGAUGGCAAAGAACAUAUCGUCCCAAGUAGCCCAACUACUUCGAAGAAGGUUCAACUUCCCAAGGAAAGAGUUUGCGACAUGAGUCCAGAAGAUCAAAGGAAGUGGGAGGAAGAACAGAUGCAACUACCGGUAGAUUUUUCUACUUGCCACAUCGACCCAUCCCCUUUUCAGCUGGUAGAGAAAACGUCCCUACUCAAAGUCCACUCUCUAUUUUCCAUGGUGGGGGUGAACCUUGCCUACGUCACCGCCAUCGGGAAGUUGGUGGGGGUGGUUGGUUUGAAAGAGUUGAGGAAAGCGAUCGAAGACGCGAAUAGCGGACACGUGCCGGCUGUUAAUGAAAAUAAUAACGAGGUGGUUAGCGCUAGUGAUGUGAAGGAUUUCGUGAACAGCGAGCAUGAAUCAAUCACAAGUGACUCUAGAGUUUAAGUGGAGGAUAUAGAAUUUUAAUUUUAUACGUUGAACAAAACAUGUUUGUUGUACCGACUGUAACACAUAUUAGUUUAUAUUUAGUUAAUAUUUAUUAAAAUUAAAUUACUAUAUUGAAUUGACAGUAUACUAUAGACGGAAUGUAGAGAGAGAGACAGACAGACAGACUUAUAGUCCAAUUACGUGCCAAAAUUUGGUUCAAUAAACAAA